UGCUGCUCUGCACCGUCCGGUAUGUGAUGGCUCGGAGCAGAUCCGUGGGCUAGGGCGCUCAGCUACUUGCCGUUUUGCCAUCUUGGCUGCUAGCAGCUGCGGCUACGGGAUUGACAUGUUGCCCUGGUAGAUCCGUCAAAUCUGUGCGACGACGGGAGCUUCCCUAGUAUGAACAGCAUGGACGUGCCCAGCACGGAAAGUCACUGAGCGCGCACUCCAGUCAGGAUGCGGGAUGGAGCAAGCUCGCAAUCACUGCCCGUCUCAUGGCAGUUCAGAUUCGAUCGCACCAGCAAGACUGGACGCUUUGGUUGUCGCCCAAUCACCAGGAACUCAAUUCUCUCCAAAUCAGCACGAAACGCCAUCACGACACGGACAAUGGACCGAUCCCUGCCAGCUUCUCCCCUUUUCCCUUUUCCCCGCCAUCCACAUGGUCAAAUUGGACGUCGCCCCAGGCCCGGUAGAGCUCUGCUUCACACCGCCUUUGAUUGCUCUCAUCCACCCUCCAAGCCCAGACCCCACUUCUCUCAAAAUUUCGAAAAAGGGUCCCCUUUUUCCCCUGCGCCCGCUGAGAAAGGGAGGCGAGGCAGCCCAGGGCCGAGACUUCCCAGGUGGUGCCCAGAGACCAAGAGAAAACCAGGCACCUUCCCGUGUCUCUUUCUGUUUUUGCUGCAUUCGCUAGGCCUGUCUCCUGUCCCGCGGUCCUCGCAAUACGAGGGCAUAUCUGUGGUGGGAAAGCUUCCUUGCCCGUUCCUGUCCCCUCCCAGCCUCGCUCUCUGCCCCUACGCGAUCUUCCUAGAUGGCUUGAAGAGCGACAGCAAACCCCUGCAAGCCUCGAUCCGCAACCGGAGCAUUCGUUCGGCGUAUCAAUUGGCAAUAUCGAUUCCUUCUUUUUCUCCUCCUGUCGUUGCUGGUCCCCUUCCACCCCACGCCUCACCCGCCUCCUCAACAAAAUCCACCCUGGCAUUUUCCGCCCGCCCCCCGGCGGACAAAAGUGCAGGCCUAGCAACACUCACAGUCUCGCCUUGUCUCGCCCUUAGACACUAUCUCUGGACCUCGACGACCCGCCCGAGUGUCAAACCCACAGCUGCGGCUAAACUAGCACCACCGCGCGGCCAGCAGACACCCACGGGCUAAGACUGCUCGGUACUGCAAACUCAAUUGAGUCUCCAACUCGCGGCACAGCUGCUCCUUUCUUUUUUCUCGAAGCCCGCCCACACCGGAAGUAUGUCCGGCCCCCACGGCGGCGGCGGCGACACCCUCGGGCCGCCCUCUCCUCGGCGAUCCGCGGUGCGCGACCCUUCUGUCAUCAGGAAGGAUACCAUGAACGGCCCGCUGUACAUGCAGGCCUCCAACAAGACCAUGCUAGUCCGGCGCGUCAAGAGGAGGGGCGACGGUCCCCUCAAGAACUUUACGAGGUGGUGUGUCGACAAUCAGAUUGGUCUCUCACUCAACCUCCUCGCACUUCUUGCUCUCACCCAUUUCUUCUUCCCAAAGAGCCGUGAAUACACGUCCAAGUUCUUCUCCUCGUCACACUACAACCCUAAGACCGAGAAAUAUACAAUCGGAAAUGAUGACGGUUACCAGCUCCUCUUUUGGGUUGUGGCUUUCACGGGUAUCAGGGCAAGUGUCAUGGAAUAUGCCCUGGCGCCCUUCGCAAAAUGGCACGGCUUGAAAAAGAGGAAGACCGUCACUCGUUUCAGCGAACAGGGGUGGCUCAUCGCCUAUUAUGCCGUCUUCUGGCCCCUUGGCAUGUACAUCUACCUGAACUCGGAGUACUACAUGAACAUGCGUAACCUUUGGACCGCAUGGCCUAGCAGGGAGGUAGACGGCCUCAUGAAGGGCUACAUGCUGGCUCAGCUGGCCUUUUGGAUGCAGCAGAUCCUCGUCAUCAACAUUGAGGAGCGCAGGAAGGACCACUGGCAGAUGUUUGCCCACCACAUCAUCACCGUCACACUGAUCUACUCUUCUUGGCGCUACGGCUAUACCCGUGUCGGCAACCUGAUUCUGAUCCUGAUGGAUGGCGUGGAUAUCGUGUUCUCGAGCGCCAAGUGCCUGAAGUAUCUUGGCUAUAACAGAGCGUGCGAUGUCUUCUUCGGCCUGUUUAUGGUUAGCUGGGUCCUCGCCCGUCACGUCGCGUACCUGAUGGUCUGCUACUCGGUCUAUCGCGAUGCGUCGAUCGAGAUGGGCGGCCAAUGCUGGCGUGACACCCCAAGGGGAAGGGACGGUCCACUCCCGAAGCCCAACGGGUUCAUCUAUAUGGUCGAGCCCCUCUGGGACCCGGAGGCCAUUGUGUGCUUCGACCAGUCGGUCAAGUGGGGCUUCCUUUCGGUCUUGUUGAUGCUUCAAGGCAUCACCCUCGUCUGGCUGAUGGCCAUUUUCAGGGUUGCUGUCAAGGUCAUCCGCGGUACCGGCGCCGAGGACACGCGCAGCGACGACGAGGAAGAGACGGAGGAGCAGGACCAGAACGAGUAUGCGGAUGACAGGACCAGAGCCAACGCUGUGGAGGCAGCGAUUGCCAACCACGGUGGCAAGGUGUCGCGCAAUGACGAGGCUGAGAACGACGAUGACCAGCCCAUUGAGGAGGAGGUUGGCGUUGAGGAUAUCGACCUCAAGGGUUGGGGCCGGAGAUCGGGCGUCAAGAGGCAGGCGUCGUCGUCUACUGGCGUCAGUCUCCCUGGCCACAGUGAUCGCAAAGAGCUCCUUGGCCGUAUUGGUUGCGAGAAGCAUGUCGACUGAGCAUAUUUCACCGGUGUGGGAGCUGAGGAGGCAGAAGAAAGCGUGCUUGGCCUGGUGGUUUCUGGGGACAGUGGCUUGGCCCGCCGCCCUCAUAAAGGAGAGGGGCAUGGUGCGCGGGCCGGGUCUCGACUGGGCUGACUUGCUACAUGAUCUCAUUCCGAGGCCGCCACAUGGCCGAAGUGGUUCUCUUCUAGCCUCCAGGGCGACCUCCUCUAUAACCUUCUUACUCUUGUCGAUUUUAACCUCUGUUAUUUACGCAGGCUUUUUCUCACACAAAAGUAGACACAUUCCGCGCAAAAAGUUGUUUCAUGUUUACUGGGUUCACUUGUACCGCGUGUUUGUUUUGGGUUAUGUUUUUUUGAUAAUGACAUAUACUAAUUAAUAUACAUCGUUGGAAAGCAUACAUCUGAUAUAUAUAUAUGGAACAAUCUAUCCGAACG